AGACAAUCCGUCACUUCUCAUUUCUUCCUUUUAGAAGCAGGAUGUUUGGACCAGUGUCAUUAUUGGUAUUGGGGUUAGCCGCGACACAGGCUCUGUUAGUUGUCAACCAAACCAGCAGUCUACGAUUAGAAAACCAAAAUGGUCAGAAGAAUUUAUUUAUGGGUUUAGCUGAUGCUAUGGCUUUAGAUACCGACCAGAAUCUACUCUACGUUGUUGGUGGUAAUACUGAUAUGUUGAACGUAGUGGAUGUUUCAUUGAAAGACAAUCUGAGGUUAUACUUCCAGAAACAUUUUAGUGCUGUCAGUGACGGUAUCCCUCUCUCAGUCGCUGUCUGUCGAUUUUCUGGCCUCAAUCAACUGGCUAGACUUGCUAUUGGUUUCGCUAACAGAGAGAAGACCUAUGAGGGCCAUAUUGAAGUGUUCGAUUUAUUGACCGCUGGAGCCAGUAAUCCUCAGCUUGUGAUACGUGAAAAUAUUGCAGUACAACCUGACCCAACGAGUUUAAAAUUCAAUGAAGAAUGCGACCAGAUUGUUGUUGCUUGUGCUGGUGAAGCAGGUGGUCGAAAUGAUCCCAAAGUUUUUGUAGAUCCCGUCGGCCAUGUUGAUUUGGUUCAACUGAACCCUCUUGGUGGUUAUACUGUACACAGACUUAAUUUUGCUGCCAAUAAUUCAGCUGUUCGUCAGGUUUAUAACAACUACAACGAUAUUAACCAAGGACUCGCUAAUGAUCUUGAACCGGAAAUUAUUGCCUUUGGCUCAAACAACACUGCUUACGUCAUUUGUCAGGAGAAUAACGCUGUUGGUGGAUUUGAUACUACCAGAGUUAACACUGACAUCCAACUGUAUGAUAUGGGAACAAAAGACUUCAGCAUGUAUGACGUAGAUACCAGUGAUGCUGAUUUAAAUGAUAGUCCAAAUGGAGAUGGUAUCAACCUUCAGAGACGAAACAUCCAAGCUUUUUAUCAACCAGGAGAUAUGAAAGUGUUCCAACAUAACGGUGAAGAUUAUUUACUAACAGCCGAUACUGGAGCUCAGAAACAAUUCACUGCCGUUGAGCAAGGAGUCGAUUUUACUGAAUCUAAACGUGGACGUCAAUUUGACGCCAAUGAAUUGAACACCAACGCCUUAGGAUCUGCUACUGUUGAUGAUCUGAGAGAUAACGCCAGAUUAGGUAGACUGUACCUCAGUAAUCUACAACAGAAAUUGGAUGGGUUUGAUGAUGUUAUUACCAAUACCUAUACAUCCUUGAGAAUGUAUGGUGCUAGAGGCUUCUCUAUCUGGAGACCCAGUGAUCUGUCUCAGACUUAUCACAGUGGUGGUGAAUUCGAAUACCAGAUGAAAGAAACCUACCCCAGUUUAUUUAAUGGUGAUAUUGUAGGUGGUAAUAGAGUACCAACACAAGAUACUGAUACUCGAUCAGACGAUAAGGGCCCUGAACCAACUGCUAUCGCUACUGGUAUGGUUAACGGUAAGAGAAUUGCCGUCAUUGGUAGUGGACGUACUGGUACACUCUUCGUUUACAUCAUUGAACCCGAUAGUGCCAAUCUCCCUGUUGGUCGAUUCCAGAGUAUCUUCAGACCAGGUGAUGCCAAUGACAACUGGACCAAUUUAUGGAACCAAGACAGAGCUGGACAUCCCAGAAUUACCGCCAUGGAGAUUAUUGGUACUGAUUUGUAUGUAUUAGGUGGAGCUACUGGUACCGUUAAUGUCUACUCAUUAAACGAUAUCUAAACAGAUGCAAAUAAAAAUUUAAAACUAAU